UUUCCCUUUUUUUCCCAACCCACACCUGGAUCUGCCAACCUCCCCAAAAAAACCCUAAGACUUCUCCAACACCUCUAUUGUGAACAUUAUUUUCGAGAAACUGCUGGUCUUCAAACGUCAAUAUCAUCGUAUGCUGGUCACCUCCACUGACAACAACGGCUCAUCUUCAAGUUUCUUCUCAUCAAGUUUUGAUGUGCUGCGUGACUCGCUGGGCUUGGUGCGAACUGAGUUUCCACACACUGUAUAUUGUGUGGCAAGAACACAAGCAGAGAAAAGUACUUGGAACUUGAUUGGAAUUUUUAAGUUAUCUAAUAUAUCUGGAAAAAGGCGGGACUUGGUGCCAGACAAGAAAUGUGAUGAAACUGAUAUGGCUUCCUUUUCUUCUUCACUUAUCAAGAGUACUAAUGUCUGCAAAAUAAUGUUUGAUGAACUGAGAGUUCUUCUAGAGGAAAAAAGUGCAAGAAACUCGGUCAAUAGGUCUAAAUUGAGUAUGCCUCAUCCUACGGAUAGGAAGCCAAUUAGAGAGAUCAUUUAUGAAUUGGUUAAAAUCCAAGUAGUGGUGCAAUCUGAAUCAUCUCUUACAAACAUUCAGGUUGUAGAGAGGUGCUUUGGACCUCAUGCAAGAGUUAUGUAGUUGGAUUUGGUGUUGGGAUAACCGCUAAGGAGUUGAAAGGCAGGCUUUCGGAGAUUACGAGGUAGCUGUUGACGUCCGCAACCCCGUGUCUCUACUCCUUUAUCGUUUCUAUUUCCUUUCAGACAUUGUACUAGUUAUGAAUUUAGAAGAAUUUUAUUAUGAUUUAUAGAUGCUCAUGACUAGUGACACCCUGGUUAGGGUUGUGUAUGGGUGUUCUUCCCCGUGUUUUAUGUUAUUGUUGGCUAUUUCGGAUUUAUUCUUAUCAUGUUUAAACUGUUCUUAAAUGCUUAUCUGUUAAUAAUUGGAAAAUGAGAAGUGUCGGCUGGCCUUGUCUUUGCGAGAGGCGCCAUCACGAUCGGGUUCGGGGUUAGGGUCGUGAAAGCAAGUAUUGUAUUUGAUCAGACUUCAUCACCAUCUUCAAGUGAGUAAUAUAUUGAAGCAUUUAACAGGUUAGUUGAUUGAAAUCCUAUUGUAUUUUGUGAUAAAAUUAUUGCAAUGUUCAUGUGAA